UCCCCACUCCUUUAUUCAUAUCUUAUCAUAUCCCCCACACACAACAAAAAGCUCCACUCUUAUGGAGACAAAAGUAGUUACUUCACCAAAAAGAAAAUAGAAAAACCAUGACCAUUGACAACAAGGAAACCAAGAAUUCAAGAAAACCCAUCAAUGAGGAAUCACCCUUGUUGCCAAAGAACCAUGCAACCGAGGAGUUCAAGUUCAAUGCCAAGAGAGCAUCAUUUACUGCCUCAGUGUUUAAUAUAUCCACUUCUAUUAUUGGAGCUGGAAUUAUGGCACUGCCUGCCACCAUGAAGGUGCUGGGUCUUGGGCUUGGAAUUGGUAUGAUAGUGUUUGUGGCUAUACUGACAGAGGGUUCGUUGGAAAUGCUGCUGAGAUUCAGUAGGGUGGGAGACUCUCAGUCUUAUGGGGAAGUCAUGAGGGAUGCUUUUGGCCGUGCUGGGAGGUUGCUGCUUCAGAUUUGUAUCUUGGUUAACAAUGUUGGGACACUCAUUGUUUACAUGAUCAUCAUUGGUGAUGUUCUCUCUGGGACAUCUUCUAGUGGAAUUCACCAUGCUGGUGUAUUGGAAGGGUGGUUUGGUGAGCACUGGUGGAAUGGGCGUACCUUUGUUCUUCUUGUUACAACUAUUUCUGUAUUUGCUCCAUUGGCAUGCUUUAAGCGGAUGGAUUCACUGAGAUACUCAUCUGCUUUAGCAGUUGCACUGGCCGUUGUAUUUCUAGUUAUAACUGCAGGAAUCACAAUUAUCAAAUUUUUUUAUGGAAGUAUUGCGAUGCCCAGGUUGCUGCCUAACAUUACUGAUAUUACAUCUAUUUGGAAUCUGUUCACAGUUGUCCCUGUUCUUGUGACAGCAUUCAUAUGCCACUUUAACGUACAUACAAUAGACAAUGAGCUUGAAGACUCUUCCCUGAUACGACCAGUUGUGCAAAGAUCAUUGGCUCUGUGCUCUAUUGUCUAUGUUCUAACAAGCUUCUUUGGUUUCCUCCUAUUUGGUGACUCAACUCUUGAUGAUGUGCUGGCCAACUUCAACACCAACCUUGGCAUUCCAUAUGGCUCUCUGCUCAAUGAUGUCGUUCGCAUUAGCUAUGCUCUCCACCUUAUGCUUGUUUUCCCAAUUCUCUUCUAUCCACUGCGCCUCAAUUUGGAUGGCCUUCUCUUUCCUUCAGCUAGGCCUUUGGUUGUAGAUAACCUGAGGUUUGGAUUGAUCAGCAUUGGGCUCCUUUUGCUUGUUUUCUUGGGUGCCAAUUUUAUACCCAACAUAUGGGAUGUUUUCCAGUUCACUGGAGCAACUGCUACAGUUUGCAUAGGAUUUAUCUUUCCUGCAGCCAUUGCUUUAAGGGAUCGUCAUGGCAUAGCAACAAAGAAGGACAAGAUACUAUCUGUUUUCAUGAUUGCUCUUGCUGUGUUUUCAAAUAUGGUGGCAAUAUAUAGUGAUGCCUAUGCCCUAUUCAAAGAGAAUCACCCACAUGUAUGAUUUCACUUGGUUUUCACUUUUAGUAACAUAGUGGACCCAGACUGCACUGCACAACCAUAUGGAUCCAGAAAACAUCGCCGAGUCCCUAUACAAAAAUCAAUUGUUUUCUGAGUGUAACGUUGUCCCUAAAUACUCAAGUGACUGCCACUUAUGUUGAAUUCGUCGGCAUGGACAAUGCUAUACCUUAAUACAUCUUCCAUCUUUACAUCUUCAAUAUGUUGUUCAUAUUGGAAAUUCUAAAACCGGUCUGAAAUUGCACGUUCAAUUUGAUCCGCUA